CCAGCUGUGUGUCUAUGAAGAGUAAUGCAUCCAUGGACCGUCGUAAAUUCAGUGAUGGAGCAGUGACCUCUGACCCUGAUAGUACUGCCAGAAAAAUGAGUCUCUGUGGGCAGAGAAAGAAGAGGGUUUCUGUUCGUAAACGUAAUGCAGCAUUUCCUGAACCCAGCUGUGUGUUUCUGAAGAGAUGCAAAUCUUUGCUUCAUAACCCUGAACCUGAAGUGACAACAGCUGUUGAGAUCAGAUCAGUGCCCCGACUGACCUGCACUGACUCAGACUGUCAGAUCCUCAUCAGGCAGAGAGUCAAAGACCAACACAAAACCAGCAUGAAGAAGAAGUUUGAAAGAUUAUUUGAGGGAAUCAAACUAGAAGAGAAUCAAACCCUCCUGAACAGGAUCUACACACAGCUCUACAUCAUAGAGGGAGAGAGUGAAGGAGUGAAUGAAGAACAUGAGGUUUUACAGAUGGAGAAAACAGCCAGAAAACAAGACACUCCAGUCUACUGCAAUGACAUCUUUAAACCCUUACAUGAACCAGGAUGUGAGGAGAAAGAUGAAAUCAAGACUGUUCUUACUAAAGGCAUCGCUGGAAUCGGAAAAACCGUCUCUGUGCAGAAGUUCAUUCUGGACUGGGCCGAGGGAAAAGCCAAUCAGGAUGUAGAUUUCAUGUUUGUGCUUCCAUUUCGAGAGCUGAACUUGAUUAAAGAUCACCAGUACAGUCUUCACAGACUUCUGCUGGACUUUCAUCCUGAACUUCAAGAUCUGGACUCACAGAUUUAUGAGGAGUGUAAAGUUGUGUUCAUCUUUGAUGGUCUGGAUGAAAGCAGAAUUACACUGAUGUUUUCAGAUGAUGAGAAGGUUUGUGAUGUGAACGAGUCUUCAUCAGUGGGUGUGUUGAUGUCAAACCUCAUCAGAGGAGAGCUGCUUCCCUCUGCUCUCAUCUGGAUCACCUCCAGACCAGCAGCAGCCAAUCAGAUCCCUUCAAAAUACAUCAACCGGGUGACUGAAAUUCAGGGAUUCAAUGACGCUCAGAAGGAGGAAUAUUUCACGAAGAGGAUCAGUGAUCAGCAUCAAGCCAGCAGAAUCAUCUCACACAUUAAAAGAUCAAGAAGCCUCCACAUCAUGUGUCACAUCCCCGUCUUCUGCUGGAUCUCAGCCACUGUGCUUCAAAACCUCCUGAAACAAGAUGACAGUGCAGAAAUCCCUCAGACUCUGACUGAAAUGUACAUCCACUUCCUGCUGACUCAGAUCAACAUGAAGAGUCAGAAGUAUGAUGAGAGAGAUCCAGAGAAACUCUUGACGUCCAGCAGAGAUGUGAUUGUGAAACUUGCUGAACUGGCUUUCAAACAGCUGAUGAAGGGCAAUGUGAUGUUCUGUGAGGAGGACCUGAUUGAGAGCAGCAUAGAUGUCACUGAUGCCUCAGUGUAUUCUGGGAUUUGCACUGAGAUCUUUAAGGAGGAAUCUGUGAUUCAUCAGAGGAAAGUCUACUGCUUCAUUCAUUUGAGCUUUCAGGAGUUUCUGGCUGCUUUAUAUCUGUUUUACUCCCAUGUAGUCAAGAAUAAGGAAUCACUGAUGUUAUUUCUGAAAGAAAGAUAUGAGUGGUACAGUCUGGAAAACUCUCUGGAUGAACUACUAAUAUCAGCAGUUGAUACAUCCGUACUGAAUGAAAAUGGACAGCUGGAUCUUUUCCUGCGGUUCCUGCUGGGCUUCUCACAUGAGGCCAAUCAAAGACUCUUACAGGAUCUACUGACACACACAGUGAACAGCUCAGAGACAAUCAGAGACACCACACAGAACAUUAAAGACACAAUCAAGGGUCAGAAAUCUGCACCAGAGUCUUUGAAUAGUGAUGAAAACUGUGGACAACAUGCAAACUCCACACAGAAAGACACAAUCAAGGGUCAAAAUACUGAUGAUAUGUUUGACAUCCAUUUGCAAAAACUUCUGGAGCCUGCACCAGAGUCAUUGGAUAUUUAUACAAACUGUGGACAACAUGCAAACUCCACACAGAAAGACUUGCUGGGUCAAGGAAUCACACACUACAUUAAAAAUGCAAUCAAAGCCGAUGAAGGUCUCUCAGCUGGCAGAUGCAUCAAUCUGUUCCUCUGUCUGCUGGAAAUGAAGGAUCAGACUCUGUACAGAGAGAUUCAGGAGUUUGUGAAAUCAGAGAAACACUCAAAGAAUCAGCUCUCUCCAUCUCAAUGCUCAACAAUCACCUACAUGAUUCAGAUAUCAGAGGAGGUGCUGGAUGAGUUUGAUCUGAAGAGAUACAACACAUCAGAUGAGGGUAGAAGGAGACUGAUACCAGCUGUGGUGAACUGCAGAAAAGCUCUACUUGCAGACUGUAAUCUCACUGAUCAGUGCUGUGAAAGUUUGGCUUCAUGUCUACAAUCUUCAAACUCACUGAGAGAGCUGGACCUGAGUAACAAUGACUUGCAGGAUUCAGGAGUGGAGCUUCUGUCUGAUGGACUGAAGAGUUCACACUGUCAACUCAACAUACUGAGACUUAUAGACUGUAAUCUCACUGAUGAAUGCUGUGAAAGUUUGGCUUCAUAUCUACAAUCAAACUCACUGAGAGAGCUGGACCUGAGUCACAAUGACCUGCAGGAUUCAGGAGUGAAGCUGCUCUCUGAUGGACUGAAGAGUUCACACUGUCAACUCAGCAUACUGAGAUUAUCUGGUUGUAUGGUGACAGAGGAAGGCUGUUGUUUUCUGGCUUCAGCUCUGAGUUCAAACCCCUCACACCUGAGAGAGCUGGAUCUGAGCUACAAUCACCCAGGACAAUCAUUAGUCAAGCUGCUCUCUGAUCCAAACUACAGACUGGACAAACUCAAUGUGGAUCAUAAAGGCAAGAUCAGGAUUACAACAGGACCACAGAAAUAUGCAUGUGAUCUCACACUGGAUUCAAACACAGCACACACUCGUCUCUCUAUGUCUGAGGGGAACAGAAAGGUGACACAUUUGAGAGGGAAGCAGCCGUAUCCUGAUCAUCCAGAGAGAUUUGAUGAAUACCGUCAGGUUCUGUGUGAAGAGAGUCUGACUGGACGCUGUUACUGGGAGGCUGAAUGGAGCGGAUAUAGGGCUGAUAUAUCUGUGACGUAUAAAGGAAUCAGCAGGAAAGGAAAAAGUAAUGACUGUUUGUUUGGAUGCAAUGAAAAGUCCUGGAGUUUGACCUGGUUUAAUGACAGAUUCUCUGUCAGUUACAAUAAUAAGAGCACAUUCACAUAUGCCCCUUCACGUCACUCUAACAGAGUAGGAGUGUAUCUGGACUGGUCGGCCGGCACUCUGUCCUUCUACAGCGUCUCUGACACACACACACUCACACACUUACACACAUUCAACACCACAUUCACUGAACCCCUCUAUGCUGGAUUUAGAUUUUAUUGUUCUGGUAGUUCAGUGUCUCUGUGUGAGAUUAAACAUCUUCCUGUGAGAAACAACUGAGACGCACAGUCAAGUGAACGAAACUUCUAAUCUUAAUUUCAGUGUGUAUAUAUAUACACACACACACACAUGUUGACUUUGGUCUAAAUGAUACACAACACAGACUUCUGUUGUGUUUUUAUAAAAAUAUUUAAAUGCAGCUAAACAGGAUUUUUCUGUUUC